UUUUUUUUUUCUUAAAAAAAGAAACAUAAUAAGUAAAUAUAUACAAAUACCUAUAAGCUCUUAGUUUAUACUUUAUAGAAUGUCACCAAGAAAUCUUCAGGAUGUGCCACUUGCAACUUGGCAAUGGCGAGAUACAUUAAUAAGAUUGUUCUUAAUUACAAUAAUAUUUAUAUGGGGUUUUUUGCUCGAGGGUUGUGGAGAACAGCCUAAUUAUUCUCCUGAGCUUCAGUAUCUGAUGAGUUUCGGAUCAUUUAUUGUGGCCAUUAUACUUGGAGCACUAGCUCAAGCGACACUUGCCCAUAUGUUUGCCUACAUCCAGGGUUAUUUUUUACUUAAAAGUCAUGGAAUUCCUCUUCAUGCAAUCAUGAGCGGAGAACAAACUUAAUAGUGUAUUUUGCAAGUGUUGGUGUUGGUGGUUAUGCUGCAUCUAAAUUAGGAUCUCCUUAUGUUCAUUAUAGCUCUCCAAUUAAAUGGGUACAAGUUCCAACGAUUCCAAGUGAAGAACUGCGUGUAAGUUUGAAUAAUGCAUUUCUGCUAGAAAAUUUCAUCGCUGGAAUAACC